AUGAUUCCCCCUCUGAAACUCACCAACAUCCUCAUAGCACUUCACCAGAACACCAUUACCAUUCCUCUCAUACAGACCCUCACCAUCUUCACCACGUAUUCUCACCAUCAUUCCUUUUCUCAUCACCACUCCAGUACAGAUUCUAACCAUCCUCAACAUCACAAGUAUUCUGAAACUCAUAAUUCCCAAUUAGAAUCCCACCAUCACAAUUCCUACAAUCACAACCCAGGACACCUUACCCAUUUGGAGUUUCACCAUCACCACAGUGAUCAUAAACCUUCGGAAUCUCACCCUCAGUUUUUCCAUUGGGGAAGUCCUCAUGAUAACCCUUCUGAUGAAUCUGAUCAUUACCAUCACCACAAAUCUCAGGAGUCCCACAAUCAUCCCCAUUCCAAUUCCCAUCAAACUUCCAACAUAGAGUCUAACCAUCCAGAACACCACAAGCAUUCAGAAUCUCAUCACCAUUCCCUACCAGAGUCCCAACAUCAUCAUCACGAUGAUGAUCACCAAAGCCAUCUUCGCCACUCUCCAGUUGGCCAGCGGUCUACUUCUCCACAUUCUACCAAGUCAGAUUCUUCCGCCAGCUCCACUAUCCAGGAUGAUCAGUCCACAGUGAGCUACCAAGAGUCAUCCUCAUUCCCAAAGGGAACCCACCCAGAAUUGGAGAAGUUAAUGAUGUUACAGGAGCAGAAUGAGGUUCUCCACCACAGCUUGCUGCAGACCACUGUGCGCAUGGAAUGUAUGGGAGCUGAGUUCAAAAGUGGUCACCAGCUCCUUGAGUCUGAGUUACAAAGAACUCGCAUUGAGCUUACUAGCCUAAUGGAUCGGUUCACAAGACUUCAUGACAACUAUUCCUGCACACAACAAACCAACCACCUGCUGGAGAAAAAACUGCAUUGUGUGGCACAGAGUAUGGAUGGAGAGCGUGAGCGACUAAACCAGCGAAUCUCAGAGCUAACAGAGCAACUGUCUACAGCAAAGACCACCAUUCAGGGUUUAGAGACCAUUCAUGCGACAUCAGGGCUACAGUCUGACGAUGCCAAAACUCCACUUCCAGUCGCACCACCUCCAGCUCAGUUCAUGGACACCGACCACUAUGACAAAGUCUCCAUGCGCGCCGAUGACGGCCAAUCACUGGGAACACUUCCAGAGGAGGAGGAAUCCGAUUGGUCAGAAAUGGGAGAAGAGGCAGUCCUGAGGAAUUCACAGGGAAAUCAUGCAAACGCCUCGUAUUUCCAGUGGCAGCAGAGGCAAGGCGGCUGGGAGGUGGUGAAUCAGUACUCCAAGGGUAUUGUGGAUACGGAGAGUGAAUCUGGUGGUGAGGAAAGCAAAUGUCCUCCUCCUCACGGCCUACAGAUACCACAUCUCAAGUUCACCGUACAUCCAGAAACCCUACCGGUUCCCAUCACUGAUGCCAGCCUGGCCCGCUUCAAGCAGAAUCCAGAUGGUCCAGCGUAUGAGAUCACUGAGGUGCGGAGUCUGGGAUCGCCCAUUCGUGUACUUUCUGCUAGUCUGGAGGAGAUCCACUCGAUUGGGCGUCUGGAGCAGCAGCAGCAGGAUCAUAUUGUCCAGCUGAGGAGCAAUAAAUCCAUGAUGGAUCUCCACCACUCUCAGGUUGGCACCAGACAGGUUUUGUACGAGGAUGAGAUUGUCAGUAAUUGGAGAGAAGUGAACAGCCACGCUGCCGGGGAGGAUAUUAACGGGUUGGUUGGUCUAGAGUCUGCUCAGAAAAUGCUCAACCACUUUAUUCACGAUGGGGAGAGCACUCACUUGUGAUCAAAUGGAUUUUUACCCAUGGGAAAAUGUCAUUUUAGCAUUCAGGGUGGAAAAUAUUUGUCAAGUAUGGACAAAUCUAACAUUGAAUUGUUUUGUUAUAUUUAAAUUAUA